GAGUCAGUGACUAUUGAACAUCGCUACGCAGUGGUGGUAGUGCUUCAUCCGCGUCGUUGUGCCGUCUCAUUUGCUGGUGGACUUGCGGGUGGUUUGGGUAACAUUCCACGUGCGCGUGCCGAACUUAAAGAGUCCUAUGCCAACCUAAUGCCGCAUUGCUUCACACGGCACGGGCUAGAAUGAGUUUUUGCCUAGAAGCCGCCAAGCGCCGAUUGCGGGGAUUGCAAUGCACUCUCAAAACAUGCAACUGACGAAGACGCAAUCACAUGUGUGCAAUGCGCCUUUUACACUAUGCUGCGUAUUUAAGUUUUAGUGUGUUCGAGUUAAUAAAAAUGAUUCGUGCGCCACUGUCUAUUGAGCCUAGUGAUGAGUGAUGACACCAAGUGGGGCAAGAACCUUUUACGUCAUUAAAAGGGCUCUACCAUGUUGGUCAAUGGUCAUCAGUAGGUCUCACAGAAGCUGAUAUCAUUUACGUUAGCAAACGUUUAACAAAAUUGGUAAACUCAAUACUCGAUGCAGUGUAAAAAUCACAUUUGAUUGUGGCUUCGCUCGGCGCGAUCAGACGGAAAGCAAAGCCCACAAAGCUGCAUUGCUGCGCACUGAAAAGACACCGGACCUUACGUGGAUCGAUGCUCACUCGUAACACGGCAGCACUUGAAGAAGCGAGGAGUCACAAUGGAAAUGGAAAUGGAAAUGGAAAUGUCUCGUAAAUCCACAAUUCCAACCGAACUUUAAAUACAAAUUUGUAGUGCCCAGCUCGUCGAGGAACUGUUCCUGUUCACUGGGAGCUAGUUGUAAAUGUGACUAAGCUCACAUGGAUAUCCGAACUUAUGUCAUGAUCAAAACAAACUAUUUUGAUGUGUCGUGAAGCAGAUAAACGGGAAAUCCUCGAUCCGCACUAUGGGACCUAAUUAGAUGUGACGGGGUGUAAUAUUGUGAAUUUUCGAAAGUGCCAUAAGAUGAUAUAAGUGGGUGCAUACGCAUACAUAAUGAUUUAUAUGUAUUUGUUCUAUUAAUAUAUAUAACAUGCAAUCGGCCUAUGAAACAGUCCUUGUUGCACCUAGUCAAAGGAGUUCAACUGAGAGAUGUGUAAUCUCGACCGGGCUCUGUAAGGAAAUAGACGACCUUAACAAAUGGCUCAGUAGAUUAGGUUCUUAGAAAUAUGCCUCCACUAUGAUUGGGAAGCGAUAAUAGAAUUGGGGACCGCCGAAAUGCCGAUAUGCCGCCUCCUGAAGAAGAUCAAACGAAUAAGAAGGAACACUCUGACUUGGAGAUGAUUAAACAACUUCAACUAAUAAGAAAUAGAUUACUUAGUCAGACCCAUUACGUUAGCAUGACCGACAUUGAUGCAAGUGCUCAACAGCAACAACACCUCCAGAACGUACAGAGGCUGCAACACGAAAGCUGCCUUCAGGAGUUGCACAACCAACUGAGCAGCCAGUUUGGGGCAGCCCGAUUUACAGCACCGAACCCCCACCACCAGCAGCAGGCAGUCUCCGUGUCUUCCGGAAGCUUGGUUCCUUUCCUUCCGGCUUUCCUGCAGCCCCCAAUGCCCGCUCAACAGCUGCUGCAGCUUAUUCCCGGCCAUGCGAGUCCCCAAGCCGUGGCCCACCACGGUCACAGUCAAAACGAGCCAUCCAGCGCACACAAAAUGGCCCUAGCUCCCAUGUGGUCCACUGCGGCCGUGGCGGCUGCGCACAUACAGGCAGCUCUGGCGGCUGCAGCAGUGGCAGCUGCCAAUAACAAUAAAAACAGCACCAAUUUUUCUAGCAACAACAAUGUACUCGAUUCAUCGACUAGUGCUAAUGAGCCUUCGAGCGUUGACCCCUCCGCCUCGCUCCCGCUAGUGGAGAUGGGGGAAAUGAAAAGGGGCGGGAAUGGAGGGGCUUGCUUGUCAAGGCCGGAAUCCCCAGCAUACGAGAACCCAUCCUAUGCAAUACUCUCUUAUAGCCACAAUACACCUCCGGAGUCGCCACACGGUCGAACAGCUGAGUGUCCCAAGAACUUUCCGCCAUCCCCGACGGACAACCACAGCAUGGCGAGUCUGUCCGAAGCACAGGACUCUGAGAUGGACGCUCCCCUGAAUCUUACCAAGCCAAAGGGCUCGCCCAGUUCUUCGCCGAACAGCUCUUGUCAGAGGCACCACAGCGAAAGCCUCACGCCCGUGGUAUCCAGUCCCCCUCUCAGCUGGCAUCAAGGACAGCAGCAUUAUGGCGAGAUAGAGUCGCACCUUUUGAAGAGCCACGGAAGAGUGUGGAACACGGCAGUCGUCGGUUCUGGGGGAUCACGGGCAACGCGCAUGAGUCGUGACUCAAUAAAUAGUUGUGGCACGAACUCUGAACGAUCGGCGGCGUUGGACCCGGAAAGUGUCACCACAGAUCAACUGGGCCCGAUACCUGCGUCGCCAUCAUCACAUCCCCUCAGGCAAGGCAACGGACAUGGACACGGACAUGGACACGGCCAUGGCCAUGGACACGGGCACAGCAAGCCGCACAUCAAGAGGCCGAUGAAUGCGUUCAUGGUGUGGGCAAAGGAUGAGCGCAGAAAGAUUUUAAAGGCAUGUCCUGACAUGCACAACUCGAAUAUAUCGAAAAUUCUCGGAGCUCGCUGGAAAGCAAUGUCCAAUGCCGACAAGCAACCAUACUACGAGGAACAGUCAAGGCUCUCAAAGCUUCACAUGGAACAGCACCCGGACUACCGCUACAGACCACGCCCCAAGCGCACCUGCAUCGUGGACGGCAAAAAGAUGAGAAUUUCCGAGUACAAGGUUCUGAUGCGAAAUCGGCGGGCAGAAAUGAGGCAGCUAUGGUGCCGCACAGGCGGCGUCACUGCUGGCUCCGGAAGCGCCUGCGCAGAGACCUGCCCCAAGGGACACUCCGGGGGAUCCAAUGCCCAGGCUGCGGUUGCAGCCGCGGCAGCUGUUUACCAGCUGCAGGACAUGGCAUCUGCAGCAGCCGCUACGGCUCAUGGCAAUGACUGUGGGCAUCCACCCUCUCAGCAAUUCUUCUAUCCUCCGGAGAGCUUAUCGCCCUCGGGCUUUUCUUCCGACGAAUUGGAGCUUGCGUCUCCGCGCGAAAUGGACGACUAGGAUGACGACUAAGAGCAGCCAAGAACGCGAUAGGGACACACUGCACACUGGAAAGACGUGCCAGCUCUUCCCAGAUGAAAGGAAUAACACAAACACAAUCGGCUUUGUAAAUACAAACGGCUAGGAUAGUCACUGUUUGAUUAGCCAUUUAAGUUUCAGUUCAAGUGCCAUUACACGUAUAUAUAAACAUAGUUAAUUUGUGAAACCAUAGUUCGCAAGACACUCGGUCUUGGGAACAUUGCAAUUUUUGUGCCAUUUACGCACCAAUGCUGUAGCAAUAGAAAUAUACCCCAGCUUAGGCGUACACAAAUAGGUAGUUAGUAUCGUUUAAUAUUUGUAAAAUAUACAAACUUAAAUAGAUCCAUAAAUGUCAAAAUUGUAUGCGUCCAAAUACUCGAACGUAGUUAAAUAGAAGCCACUAAAUUACAUAAGUACAUAAGUAUAUAUACCUACAUAUUCACUUAGUCGUAGAUUUUCAUGAUUAUUUUCGAUAUAGGAUGACUUGUGUGCAUACUUGGUAAACACAUUACUAUGUUGUUAAAAUAAAUUAAUAGUAUUCCUAUACCUGUAGUAAGCCGCUAUUUCAUAUGCUAGUAUGUAAAUGAUGCUGGUAAUAUUAACUUAAAUACAAAAUUUAUAAACAAAAAUUCACAAAAUGUGUUGUAUAUGAAAAAAAUGUCAAAAUGUACAAUCAGUCACAACAUUAUUUCCCGCUAACAUAAUUAAUUUUCAACUUUAACAAUGCAAUCAAAUCAAAAUGCGCAUACUCUGAAAUAUAAAUUUAAAAUUAUUUCAA